GGCCGGCGGGGAGCGGCGGGCGGCUCCGUCGGGGCCACCGUCGGCGGGCGCGGCGAUGGGCAGCGUGCGGGGGCCCCGCGGGGCCGGCCUGCGGGCGCUGGUGUCGCUGGCCGCCGGGCUGUUGGCGUGCGGCGGGGCCAGCGAGUACGACUACGUCAGCUACCAGUCCGACCUGGGCCCCUACCCGGGCGGGCGCUUCUACGCCAAGCCCCACCAGUGCGUGGCCAUCCCCGCCGACCUGCGGCUCUGCCACAGCGUGGGCUACGACAAGAUGGUGCUGCCCAACCUGCUGGACCACGAGACCAUGGCCGAGGUGAAGCACCAGGCGAGCAGCUGGGUGCCGCUGCUCAACAAGAACUGCCACAUGGGCACCCAGGUCUUCCUCUGCUCCCUCUUUGCCCCCGUCUGCCUGGACCGGCCGGUCUACCCGUGCCGCUGGCUCUGCGAGGCCGUGCGCGACUCCUGCGAGCCCGUCAUGCAGUUCUUUGGUUUCUUCUGGCCCGAGAUGCUCAAGUGCGACCAGUUUCCCCAGGACGACGUCUGCAUCGCCAUGACGGCUCCCAACGCCACCGAGGUCUCCAGGCCCAAAGGAACGACCGUGUGUCCCCCUUGCGACAACGAGAUGAAGUCGGAGGCCAUCGUGGAGCACCUGUGUGCCAGCGAGUUUGCUCUUAAGAUGACCAUAAAGGAAGUGAAGAAGGAGAACGGGGACAAGAUGAUCGUCCCGCGGAAGAGGAAGGCGCUGAAGCUGGGGCCCAUCCGCAAGAAGAACCUGAAGAAGCUGGUGCUGUUCCUGAAGAACGGGGCUGACUGUCCCUGCCAUCAGCUGGACAACCUCGGCCACUACUUCCUCAUCAUGGGCCGCCAGGUGAAGACCCAGUACCUGUUGACGGCCAUCUACAAGUGGGACAAGAAGAACAAAGAGUUCAAGAAGUUCAUGAAGAAGAUGAAGUCUCCCGACUGCCCGACGUUUCCAUCCGUCUUCAAGUGAUGCGGUGGGCGGCGGGAGAGCCGCCGCCUGGACCUCGCGCAGCCCGGCAUGGCGGCUCGGUCUCGCUCCUCUGCAGCGGGGAUGCUGGAGCCGAGCCCUCCUGCUCCUCCCUCGUGCUCCUCGGAGCUUCCCUCGCCAACCCCAGCCCUCCCACCUCCCUGCUGCCGGCAUUUGCCUGAUCGCCUGGGCGUGCGAGAGUGAUGCGCAUGCACCAAACAGUCGCCGAGGUCACACGCGAUUUACAUCCGCAAUAUCCAAAGACCUGUUGCUGUACGGAUAGGUACAUUCAUUUAAAUAGCAGCUAUCAGGUAAAGAGGGCAAGCAGAGGGGUGCGAAGUUAUGUCAAGAGAUUACACGCUUGCAGAAAGGACCCUUGUGACCAUGUUACUCCCGUCUUCAUGGCUGCAGGAUCGCCCUAAAUUAAUUCCUAUUUGAACCAGAGCCAGCCAAUUAGAAAAACAUCCCAUCCUCACCAUAAAAAUCAAUGAACGAGUAGUGGAGAACCCGUUACAACCUCUGAUAAAACCUCCUAAUAGCUAAUUGCCCUCACUGUAAAAAAAAACCAAACCAUUGUAGUCUAAACCUGCUUAGUUUAAGCCUUAACCCUGGGCUCCUUGUGGUACCUUGUUUGGCUGGAUCGGGGAGCCCUCCCUUACCAGCAUCUCUUGUAACGUCUCACCGGGACGCCUGCCCUGGCCUCUGCCGCGCCAAGACGGCUGAGCCCCUCGAGCCUGGCGCUGUGCUGCUCCUUCUCCAGCCUUUGGGUCCCUUGGGUCCCUGCCUGGUUCGAUGGUGCGGCAGCUCCGCUGCGGCCGCGAGGCCAGUGGCGGAGGGUGGGCUGCCUCCACCGGUGCCUCCGGCCUCGCUCGGACCCCCGGCCGCAGCAGGGUUCAGCUGAGCAUCCCCCGCACUCACGCCUCCCGCAUCAGCUUUCCGUGGCAGAGUUCCUGUGCACGCGUGGCCGGUGCUGCUUGUGCCCAGAUGUGUAAUUCCAUUUUAGCCACGUGCAAACGCGUACCGUUUGCUGGCCAGCCCGGCAGCCCGGGACUCCUGGUCGGGGGAGAGCUCGCGGCCAGCUCCUCCAGCUUGUGUCACCCCCUAACUUGACCAGUGAUAUUUUUAUAGUUUCUUCAGGCUGCUGGCAAAAUACCAGAUUGCAGAAGGCCGAGGACUUGUCCCUGUGGAGCGCCACGGGAAACGCAUCGUCUCCAUCUUUCCCUCUUUGCAGUCGCUGUGGGACCUAUCAGUUUCUAGGUUUUUGUCUGUUUGAUGUGUGACAUCUUGGCUUUGUAUCACUCUGGGUUUUUUUUUUUUUCCCUAAUCAAAAUGUCAUGUUAGUAUGAGGUCAAAUAGUUUAUGAAAGAAAAGAAUAUUGCAUCCAAAUGAUUACAUUUAUCGACCAAGCUGAAACUCAUUAUUCAGUUAAUUGGACAAGUUCUCUUUUCCAUAGACUCGUAUUGCUCCAUAUUAAUUAUACCAUCCUGCUUCCAUUCAGUAUUCUCAUCAAUCACGAUUACUCUAAGAGAAUGAAUAUCUUGCGAUCUGAGAUAAUUGUGUUGUAUUGCAGUUAAGUGAAAUAACAAAUCCUCAUUUUUGAGGUUUAAACCAACCCCACUCAAAGCUGGUAAAUUCAUUAUUCUUUAGCUCGGGAGUGCUGUUUAUUCCCCACGUGGGGACGGAGCCGUGGACUUGAUUGUAGAAGAAUUCCGUGAAGAAGCCAGGCGCACUGGGGAAUGAUGUUUCACGGCUAACAGAGAGAUGGAUUUAGGACGUGAACUCUGUAGAAAGUCCCACUAGGUUGUCUUAGACCACCAUUUGUAGUAGUGUUGUUUCUUUGAUGCAAAAUUAAUCACUGUAGAUAAUGUGCUUUAUCAGUGAAUUAAAGAAAUAAAUAAACCAUGGGCUUUAACAUCACACAUUGAUGAGGUGAAAUGAUGGGGAAGGCUGGCAAAUCCAGCCUUGUCAGAAACAGGUCGUGACCCGGAGUCGGGACACGUUGAGCUGAAGGGCCGGUUAUCUUGGAGCACCCGCAGUGACAGCGCCCGGCGAAGCCCCGCAGGGCCCGGGGCAGGGACCCUCCGUCCCCACCGGCUUUCCUUCCGCAGCCGAGCGGCAACAUGGAAGAGGGAUUGCUUGUGCGUGAGAGAGAGAUGCUUAAACCUUUAAUUGGGCUGGGGGUUUUAUGCCAUCACCCAGGCUGCUGCUGGGUGUCCUGCUGGCCACCUCUAGAAACCUGCUGUGUACUGGGCUGUUGAUUUACUAGUUUUAAAAUACAUAUUUCAGUAGGAAGCAUCAAAUUGAAGAGCAAACUAGUUCACAUGUGCUUAGAGCCACUUUCAGCCCUUGGCAGCCUUUGCUGCUCAGAAAGCCUGCUUUCCACCAGCGGAUCUUGAGCCUGCAAGCCUAGAUCCAGAGGCAGGCGAAGCCAGCAGGGCAGUGGGCUCUUUUCAUUUCCAGUACAGAGCAUGAAACAAUGUACGUGAGUUUGAUAACACAGCUGGUGCUUUUUUUCUGCACAAGUAGUCCAGAAAAACUAGUAGCACGAGUGAUGCAUUUUGCUCUUUGGAACCGUUUCGUGCAUCGUCUCACGGACUUGGCCCAGCCUGCCGGGAGCCCCCGCGGCACACGAGGAGCGACUGCCCUGGACCGGGAUGCGUGGCAGACGUCCUGGGAGGACUGUGCAAUCCUUCAGACUGUGUCCCGGGGCUGAAGAAACCCCACACCUCGGAGCUACCCGUGGGAAGAACAAAUUAUCACUGUAAUUACCUACUUAAAGCAUAAUAUAAUUGUAUGUUACUAGUUGUUCUAUCAGUUACUUCAAACACCCUUCUGACCCUGUAUGUUUGUCCUUGAAGAGCUGAUCAGAGCUGCCGAGCAGAUUGGCACGUUGCAUUUCAGACGUGGUAUUUUGGACAUUUCCAUGUACCUGGAAAGUAAUUUCACCAUUCUCUUGCCAAACUGCUCUGUGAUCUGCCAGCCAUUCCUGCGUGGAUCCAGCGGGUAGAUUGGCCGGUCGUCACUGCUUCCCCCUUGCCCUCUUGGUAUGUGGAGGCUUUGGAUAAAAAUAACAGCAUUAAUAGAAAUGCGUUUGAUGUAACAUCAUGUUGUAGGCAGUUAAGGUAUCUUUACAUUUUGGUUUAAUGUUAUUUUAGAUAUAGUUAAUUUAGAAAAGUGUGGCAGAUGAGAGGGGACUGGUUUUCUGUUUGGAAGUUUUGAGAAAAUGUAAAAGACCAGUGAAAAUCAGCACUGUAGAGAACAGCCUUCUCUGGGCAGUGAACAAAAGCAUGAGGCUUCUCAUUACUGUAGCUGGCAUGAUUUUUUUAUUUCUGUGAAUAUUCUUACACCUUUUAAAGGCUGACAGAUAAAACGAUUAGCAGUAUGAAGGCUAACGCAGCUCUUACUCUAGAAAAGAAAUCUGGUGCGCAAGCACAUGCUAAAUGUCUGGAAAUAGGAGCUUUUUCCCUGUCCUGUCACUUCAGGGGGAGCUUGGUUGCAACAAGAAGGUUUGGUGGGUGAUACCGUGAAAUCGCCACCUCAUGGAAAGGUGGGCAUGGAGUCAGUAGGAGAGAGGUACCGAAACACCAGCACCGGCACCAGGAGGAGAUCCUGUGCACGCUGAUAAGUUUGGAAGAAAGUAAGAGUGUGAUGUUUGCGGUGUGCAUCGCCCGGCCCCGGUGAGCGCUCCCUCUGCAGAGGCACGGACGUGCGCUGCGUGUUGAGGUGACUGCUGCACUGGCAAAGCAGAAGCAGAUCCGUUUCCAAGAGAAGAGGCUUUCAGAGAAAAUGUCCAGCAAGUUUCACACUCCCCAGAAUACAUCUGUCUCCAUUAGGAAACAUUAAUUAGUUAAUUGCGGUUGAUGCGUUGAGGGCGACAGAUAACACGUGGAUGUCUGCCCGGUGAUGCACACUGGCACGCCUCGACGGACGGGCAGGAGCCAGCCUUGGCUUGGGGCUGCUUGCCCGGGACCCCUCAAGCCCCCACCGUGCCUUAGUUUGCUCUGCCGAGCGCACCGGAGAACCCUCAGCACCAGCGGGUGUAAUUCAGGCCCGCAGUGACAAGCCUGAGUCUGCAAAAUCGAUGUCAGCUUCCACUUCUCUGAUGUGUAUAAAAGUUCAGAUACUGUGAACAUGUUCAGUGCUCUUGUUUUUCAACCAACAGAUUUCAGCAGUGUGUUCACGUUACAUUAUUUUAGCAGUUGUUGUUGAUGUUAUGACUUACAUUUAUUUUCAAGUCUAAUAUCGGUUCCUUUUUUUUAAUGCUUUUUCUUCCAUGUAUCAAUAUUCACUUAACUAAAAUUGCUGAAUUAAUCAAUUACAAUGUGAUUCCCCUACUCCCCCUUUUUAUAAAAAGAUGUUUUCUAACCCGCGUUGGUGCUUUUGAGGGUUGCUGCAGGGUGACUGGUUUGAGGGUGUGCUGGGGUGAGCCAGACCCCAGGAGGCUGUUGGUGGUCCCGCAGGGGUGCGUAUGCUGCCCGCUCACAGCAGCGAUGCUCUGGGCAUGUGUUGUGGUUUAACCCCAGCCAGCAACUAAGCACCACGCAGCCGCUCGCUCACUUCCCCCCCACCCAGUGGGGUGGGGGAGAGAAUCAGGGAAAAAAAAGUAAAAUUCGUGGGUUGAGACAAGAACAGUUUAAUAGGACAGAAAGGAAGAAAAUAGUAAUGAUAAUAAUAAAAUGAUAAUACUAAUAAAAGGAUUGGAAUACACAAAACAAGUGAUGCACAAUGCAAUUGCUCACCACUCACCAACUGAUGCCCAGUUAGUUCCUGAGCAGUGAUCACCCCUCCGGCCAACUCCCCCCAGUUUAUAUACUGGGCAUGACAUUGCAUGGUAUGGAAUAUCCCUUUGGCCAGUUUGGGCCAGCUGUCCCGGCUGUGUCCCCUCCCAACUCCUUGUGCCCCUCCAGCCUUCUUGCUGGCUGGGCAUCAGAAGCUGAAAAAUCCUUGACUUAGUCUAAACACUACUUAGCAACAACUGAAAAUGUCAGUGUGUUAUCAACAUUAUUCUCAUACUGAAUCCAAAACAUAACACUAUGCCAGCUGCUAGAAAGAAAAUUAACCCUAUCCCAGCCAAAACCAGGACAGCGUGACACCAGCAUUAUUUGUCACACAGGUGGUAACAUCGAGACUAUUGGUCCUGUCCAGGGAAAUCCCCAUGCAAGCUUUUUGGCAUGUUCUGCUCUUGCAUUCAGCUCAGUUGCCUUUUCAGUAUAAUAUGAUUUACACAAGGAAAGCUUUGGCCAUUCAGCCCUUCUCGUUAUUGUCCUGUUCUCUUUGACUUCAUGCCAGUGAAAAGUAUUGGGACUUCACUCUGCCCAGCACUAAUGCUUCAGUUUAGUGAAUGAAGACUGCCAUAGCUUUUCAAUAAUAAGAAGUUGGAGCAAAAUCUGGUGGUUCUUGAGUUCACAAGAGGCCAUAGACACAGUGGUGAUGGACAGUGCCUGUGGGUACCCUCCCGGUCCACAGACAACGGGUGGCGCUGCCAGAGCCUCCCGUGGUCCUGAGCCUGAAACAGCAUCCUGCUGCACACCAGUAUGUCCGUACAGCUGUAACUUUCUGGACACGGGGAAGGGAAGAUACUUUUCACGGGCCAAGCCUCAAACUCCCCAGUGAUCCAUCCUUGCUGCGGGAGCCAAGACCGGGAGACUUCGUCUUGCGGUGCAGCCUGCCGCUCGUCAGGUCUCCGAAGAGGUUUGGGGGAUACGCGAGCUGCGCGGGGCAGGUUGCGCAGGGCUGGGAUCAAGGGGAGCCCCACGGUUAAGAACUGCUGUAUCGCGUGGAGAGUUGGCACAGGCCGGCUUUCAGCACGUUGUGGUCGCUGCUGCGCGGCUGUGCAGGGUACGGGCUCGUGGUGCAGUGGGAUUGCGGUGGCUUUCCUUCUCUGGCUGCACCCGGCGCGCUGCGCUGAUUUCAGUGAAGCAUCCAAAAAGGGAGGAAGGCGCCUGGGUGAGCUGGCGGGGAAGGACUGGGGCUGCCGAGCAGCGCAGCGGGAUGCAGGCUGCUGCGAGGGGGUCGAGAGGAGGCAGGUUCCCACUCUCGCCUGGGAUCCGUGCCAUGCACAGCUUAGGUAAGAGAGCACAUCCUCGCCCGAAGGCUGUCUUCCAAAAACAACGUGGGCAGCCUGGGCAGCGAGUGAAGGACAGCUGUGUUCCUAAAUGCUUUGGGGCUUGCAAUUUUGCUUUACUUUGGGGGAAGGUACUUGGCUCCUGGGCUUCUGGGGAGGUGCUGCCAAGCAGGACCAGCGUGUGGGAGGCAAUCAGCAGAGGCAGGCAGGGCCAAGAGGGCAGCGAGGGAACCGGUUGGCGUGGGCUUGGGGAGCAGCCCUGCUUCCCCUACCACCACCGGUCUGCACAAAUGCACUGGUGGGUAUCGGGAAUAAAAGGGGCGGAGGGGCUGUUAUGUGCUUGGCAGAGCUCCGCUCUGAUUUAAGGGCUUUGCUUACCUCAUUUACUUUGGAGAUGUGAAGAGAACAGCUCAAGCUACGUGCGAACUAUUUCCUGAAGGGCAAAUACUCGAAAUAUAAUUGUGUGUCGAAGCGCACUGGCCCUGGUAAGGAGCGCUGAUGUUGUAUAAGCACCUCGAUGCAGGCACAAGCACACGAGCAGAGCAAGAAGACCUUGCUGUCUGCGGGAACCUCUUGCAUAAGCACAAUGCCCAUUAGAGCGGAGCACUGCUUGCUUUUCUCACAGUGUAUUUUGAUGAAGGAAUCUGUACUUGAUUGUUUUACUUUGUUUUAAACUUGUGGUUGAUAUAAACACAUUAUGGCUUCUGUUUUCUCUCUUGUGUGAUUGGAACAAGAAACCCCUCAAUAAAAUGCCUCUUUUCUUUGAAA